UAGAUUUAAAUAGUUUGUUUAGGUUGUGAUUAUAUAAUAUAUAUACCUCGCGUCAAUUCUCUGAUUUUCAUGUUAUUAGAUGCUGCAUGAAAUAUAUUUGAAGGUUCCGUCAUAAAUACAUAUAUUUCUUUUGCGAUAAAUUGAAUUGUAUUAUAUGCUGUCUCAUCUUAAUAAUCGUACAAGUAUUAAUAUUAAAUGCUACGCCACAUGUUCAGUCGUGUUUUCUAUUAAAUGAUAAAUCACUUUAUCCUGCUCUAUUUGUUAAUCGUCUUUGGUACAAGUAUUGGGAUGCCAAUUUUAUGGCGACAUGUUGAGAUAGAUUACAGUGAAAUUAAUUCCAUACGAUUGGAAAAGUUCAUAGUGUUUAUGUGUAAAAAACCGAAGCCAAUCUAUAGAAUCUUGAAAUUACAUAUUAUUCCAAACUCUCGAAUGAUUCACACCCAAAUACUGUAUAAUUCACCUAGAUUCGAACAACUUUCACGAUAAAUUUAAUUUUUUUAACGUAGACCAACAAUAAUCUAUAAUAUUAUUAUAAUUACAACAUUGACUUAUAAUUCUUUUUUUUUU